AAAUGAGAAACAUUGCAAUGAUCUCAAGCUCAAAACUGAGUCAUAAAGUAGAAAACAACUCCUCCUCAAGUUCAUUUCUUGCAUCUGUUAUUUGAAAUGUUAUACUAGCGCUCGUGAAAUUAGCGUAGAAAGAGGCAUUAUAAACUUACUGGCACAGCUGUUCUACAAGGUGAAGUCAUUAGUCAUUAAAUUGAAGCUCUACUGACACAUCCCUGCACUACACCAGCUAGAAGCAACAACUGAAAGUGGGAUUACCUUGCCAACUGGAAAAGCCAUCCUGCCCAGCAGUCUCACUCACCACUGUGCCCCAGCUGAUGCAAAGGGAGCAGAGACAUCUCAGCUGGAUGCAGCUAUUUGGCAGUAUAACUGAUACAGCAUAUCCCCAUUGUACAGCACUAACUGCAGCCUUGCUGAGGAGGCACGACAGAGCAAAGGGAGCCUCCUAGAGUCAGCAUAUUCAUCUUGCAGCUUCUUUACGUCUGUAAACAGGAACUACAAAGCGAAGAAGCAAGCCUUAAACUCUGCUUUUCUCAGAGCUAAACGUCUACCCAGAAGUUUUCUCCAUCUACCCUGGGUCCCUUUCUAAAGAAGAGCGAGUCCAGAAGACUGCAGUAAAAAUGUUUUUCUAUAUACUACUCUUUCUCAGCAUCAGCUCUCUGUGGUGGUACUGGAAGGCAAGAGAUGGGAGAAAGGUUGCAAACCUCACUGGCAAAUAUAUAUUCAUCACUGGAUGUGACACAGGAUUUGGAAAUAUGGCAGCAAAGACUUUUGAUAAAAAGGGAUUCCGUGUUCUAGCCAGCUGUCUGACUGAAACAGGAGCCAAGGAACUACAAGCUGCAACUUCCAAUCAGCUUCAGACAGUGCUGCUGGAUGUGAGAGAUUCAAACAGCAUUAAGAAAGCAGCAGCGUGGAUCAAAGCUGAAGUCCAGUCAGAAGGUCUCUGGGGACUUGUUAAUAAUGCUGGAAUUAUGGGGCCAACUGCUCCUACAGACUGGUUGGAUAUUGAGCAUUUUAGAGAGCCAAUUGAAGUUAAUUUAAUUGGACUUAUAAAUGUGACAAUAAAUAUGCUUCCCUUGAUAAAACAAGCAAAGGGAAGGAUAGUAAAUGUAUCCAGUACUGGAGGUCGCCUAGCAUUCUGUGGUGGAGGCUACUGCCCUUCAAAGUUUGGGAUAGAAGGAUUUAAUGACAGUUUAAGGAGAGAUAUGAAAGCUUUUGGAGUUAAAGUUUCCUGCAUUCAACCUGGGCUGUUCAAAACACCGUUAACGGAUCUAGCAAAGAUUCGGAAAGAGAAGGAGAUUAUAUGGAACCGGCUUUCCCUCGACACUAAAAAGCAAUAUGGAGAGGAGUAUUUUCAAAAAGAUGCGGCAAAGAAAGAAAAGCUCUCCAAGGCCUGCCUUAACACUGACGUUUCACUGGUUGUUGAGUGCAUGGAGCAUGCCCUAACAAGCCUCCAUCCACGUACCCAUUAUGUAGUUGGCCAGGAUGCUAAGUGGUUUUGGACUCCUCUUUCAAGAAUGCCAGCAGAUGUACAAGACUUCUUACUUCUGAGAAACAGAGAAAAGCCUGCAGUUUCCCACAGAAAGUAAAUCUUUGUCAAUAUAUUCCCUGUUGCAUACAGGGCUGAUUCCACACGACCUGUCAUUUAUAAUAACAUGGUACAAACCAUACCUGAAAUGCACCUCGUGUCCUAUAAAUGUAAGAAAUACAGCUACUUUUCCAAAAGUUGCUACUAUUAAUAAUAAAACAAAUAAAUAAAAACCA